CCGCCGAGCUGCGCCCAGGCCUGCGCCGAGCCUGCGAGCCGCGCGCUGCGUCCCGGUCCCGUGGCCGACCUGGCUGCUCUUCUCCUGGCUCCUGGCUGACCGCUCCCAUGAGAAAGAACAACAUGUGGUUUUUGGAACGGCUUCGUGGGUCCGGGGAACACGGUGCCGCCCGGGGAAUUGGGGGCGAGUCGGGCGACAAGGCCUCCAAGGGGCCCCGGUACAGCAACGUGCUGACACCCGACAAGAUCCCUGACUUCUUCAUCCCUCCCAAGCUGCCCUCAGCGCCAGCCGAGGCAGAGGGGCCCGCUGAGCUGGGCCCGUCCACCUCAGAACAGAACCUGGCCCCGGCGGCCCCGCGCCGCUCACCCCGGAGCCCCCGGCUGCCCGCCAAGCUGGCUGCGGAGAGCAGGAGCCUGCUGAAGGCGGCCACCAGGCACGUCAUCCAGAUAGAGAGCGCUGAGGACUGGCCCGCCGAGGAGGCCACCAGCGCUGACCCCCAGACCCAGGGAGCCAUGUCCCUGGCCUCGGUGCCCAAGGCCCAGACGUCGUACGGCUUCGCCACGCUGGCUGAGAGCCCCCACACCCGGCGCAAGGAGUCCCUCUUCCACAGUGAGCAUGGGGCCCUGGCCCAGGUGGGCUCCCCGGGCCCAGGGCGCUCGCGGGCAGGCACCAGGGCCAAUGGGGGCGAAGGGGGGCCCAGGGAGGCCGGGGGGGCCCUGAUGAGCCCCAGCCGCUACUUCAGUGGUGGGGAGAGCGACACAGGAUCCUCCGCCGAGUCCUCCCCAUUCGGGUCCCCGCUGCUGUCCCGCUCCAUGUCGCUGCUCAAAGGCUUCGCCCAGGACGGCCAGGCCAAGGUGAGCCAGCUUAAGCACUCCGUGGGCCGCCAUGGCUCUCUGUCAGCUGAUGACAGCACACCGGACACCAGCCCUGGAGUCCGUCGCCGCCUGACCCGCCGGGCUGCUCCCGAACCGGGCCCCGAGUCGGGCCAGGCACCUCGAGGGGAACACACGGUCCGGAUGGGCCCCAGGGGCAGUGUUCGCCUGCUGGCCGAGUACGAGGCGGCCCAGGCCCGCCUGCGGGUGCGCCUGCUGGCCGCAGAGGGCCUCUACGAGCGUCCCUACGACGGCCGCAGCAUCAACUGCUGCGUGGGCCUGUGCCUCGUGCCAGGCAAGCUGCAGAAGCAGCGUAGCACCAUCAUCAAGAACAGCCGCCACCCUGUCUUCAACGAGGACUUCUUCUUUGAUGGCCUGGGGCCCGCCAGUGUCCGGAAACUGGCCCUCAGGAUCAAGGUGGUCAACAAGGGCAGCAGCCUCAAGCGGGACACGCUGCUCGGGGAGAAGGAGCUGCCCCUCACCUCCCUGCUUCCCUUCCUGUGAGGUGCAGAGGGAGAAGCCCUCUCCUCCAUGUGGGCCUGACCACAGUGCUUCUGGGGGCCAGGGUAGAUAGGGAGGUGGGCCUGGCCCCGAUGCCCCUGGGGGUUUCCUGGAUCCCAGUGGAGAUCCGAAUAUGACUUUUCGUGAAAUGACCCUUUUGGAGGAGGAGGGUGGGCUGCUUCCCAGCUGAACGUCCCCUCCCCCCUCCCGGGCAGAGUGACUGAGGUUCUCAGGGUCUGGGAGUCCAGAGGUGGCCGAGGCCCCGGGGCUGAGCUCAGCCUGGCCUCUGCUGCACCCCGCUCUACCCAGACACCCAGGGAGCAGUGCCCGACGCCCCCCUGAGCCCCGAAGUGAAGGGCAGGGGUGCCCCUCCCUGUGUCUAGAGCCUGCGCUACCUGCAGCCCCCUGCAGCCGGCUCUGCUUCCCCAGGCUCCGCUCAGCCAUUGCUUCUGGAGCAGGAAGUAGAGCUGCUCCGGGGAGUGCAGUGGAGUUCUGGCCACGCUCUGCCUGUGGCCCCUCGAGGUCCCUUGGGAUCGUCCACCUGCCUGCUGGCCACCCUGGGUCAGCCCUCCCCCACACAUGUAAUGUGGGUGGGCUGUUGUGGGGUGGGGUCUGGACGGUGGGACUGGCCUGACUUGGUUCUUCACCUGGUUCUUCGCUGGCCACUGGUCUCCCUGGGUUGGCUGUGCACCCCUGAAGGACUUCUGUGCGGAUUCCCACAUUCCGCAAGUCUGUGGCAGGCUGCCUGUGGGCAGUGAGUCGGUAGGACCCUGGUGGAGCCCCCUGCUUGGCUGUCAUCCCUUGUGCGCCUUGUUCCUCCUGACCCCAGAUUUCCAAGUCCCACGAGGGAGGUGCGGAGCAGACUCCCCGGGACCCAGAGCCGGUUCUUGCUGCACGUCCCUGGAGCAUCGAGGGCCCAGGCCUUCAGUGGGGGCAGCAAGCAGAGGCCCGUGUGAGGUUGAAUGCUUGGAGCCACACACCUCCCUUCUCGGACUCUGACCUCUCCUGUUCCUUGUUCUCCCAGGGGGGGGCCCCUAUUUUAUGUACCCCUGCACUGUUUGAUAUCUGUGUGUUUGAAGUUGGCUGUGGAUAAAUCCUUACGGCACCUCCCCCACACGUGUUUGUUUAUAAACGCUGUUUUUAGUUCAAUAAAGGUGUUUCAGGAGUGCAGAGGCA